UCUGACGUACAGUGUCCGCCUAUAGUGAUGACUCCAGGGCUUUGACUCCAGCAUUACGACGGCGCAAUGUAUAAAAUGGGCCCCGGCUUGAUGUCGAAGCCGUGCAUCUGCAGCUAUCUCACAAAUACCAUGACCAUGGGGAGGAUCAUCUUCUACGAGGACCGCAACUUCCAGGGGCGCUCCUACGAGACCAGCAGCGACUGCCCCGAGCUGACCACCUACCUGAGCAGGUGCAACUCCUGCCGGGUGGAGAGCGGCCUCUUCAUGGUCUACGAGAAGCCCAACUUCAAGGGACACCAGGUGCUGGCGCGCAGGGGCGAGUACCCGGACAGCCAGCGUUUGAUGGGGAUCAACAUGAACGACUGCAUCAAGUCCUCCCGUAUGAUUCCUCUGCACAGGGGACCCUUCCGGGUGAGGAUCUACGAAAAGGAGAACUUCGGAGGCCAGAUGCACGAGCUGACCGACGACUGCGACAACGUGGACCGCCUGCGCAUGUCCGACUGCCAGUCGUGCAACGUGAUGGAGGGCCACUGGCUGAUGUUCGAGCAGCCCAACUUCCGAGGCCGCAUGCUGUACCUGAAGCCCGGCGAGCACCGCAACCUCCGCGAGAUGGGCGCCAGCAACGUGGUGAGAAUGAGCUCCAUCAGGCGCAUCAUGGACUCCUGUUAGCGCCCACGACAAUGGUUGAAUAAAGCAAGAUGAAAUUGGGA